CUUCUUUCAUGAAACUGAGCUUGCUUAAUCAAAGAUGGAGCAACCAGACUGCAAACCGUAUCAACCUCUGUCCAAAGUCAAGCAUGAAAUGGAUCUAGCUUAUACCAGUUCUUCUGACGAGAGUGAAGAUGGGAGAAAACCACGACAGGCAUUCAACUCCAGGGAAACUCUGCAUGAAUAUAACCAAGAGCUAAGGAGGAAUUACAACAGCCAGAGUAGAAAGAGGAAAGAAGUGGAGAAAUCUACUCAAGAGAUAGAAUUCUGUGAAACUCCUCCUGCUUUGUGCUCUGACUACCAGACAGACAUGCAUGGCGUUUCUCGGCAUGGCUACCAGCUAGACAUGGGAUCUGAUGUAGACACAGAGACAGAAGGUGCUGCAUCACCCGACCAUGCACUGCGAAUGUGGAUAAGAGGCAUGAAGUCAGAACAUAGUUCCUGUCUGUCAAGCAGGGCCAACUCUGCAUUGUCCUUGACUGACACUGACCAUGAAAGGAAGUCUGAUGGGGAAAAUGGUUUUAAGUUCUCUCCUGUUUGUUGUGAUAUGGAGGCUCCAGCUGGUUCUACUCAAGACAUGCAAAGCAGCCCACACAACCAGUUCACCUUCAGACCCCUCCCACCACCACCACCUCCUCCACACGCCUGCACCUGUGCCAGGAAGCCGCCUCCCACAGUGGACUCUCUUCAAAGAAGAUCAAUGACUACCCGCAGUCAGCCAAGCCCAGCUGCUCCUGCUCCUCCAACCAGCACACAGGAUUCAGUUCAUCUGCAUAACAGCUGGGUCUUGAACAGCAACAUACCGCUGGAGACCAGGCAUUUCCUGUUCAAACACGGAUCUGGUUCCUCUGCAAUCUUCAGUGCAGCCAGUCAGAACUACCCACUGACAUCCAAUACUGUCUACUCACCACCUCCCAGGCCGCUGCCUCGGAGCACCUUUUCCCGACCUGCCUUCACUUUUAACAAACCGUAUAGAUGCUGCAAUUGGAAGUGCACAGCCUUGAGCGCUACCGCAAUCACAGUGACUUUGGCCUUGUUACUAGCCUAUGUAAUUGCAGUACACUUGUUUGGCCUGACGUGGCAGUUGCAACCAGUUGGACAGAUCUAUGCGAAUGGAAUUAGCAAUGGGAACACAGGGACCGAGUCCAUGGACACUACUUACUCUCCCAUUGGAGGAAAAGUUUCUGACAAAUCAGAGAAAAAAGUGUUUCAGAAGGGACGAGCAAUUGAUACUGGAGAAGUUGACAUUGGAGCACAGGUCAUGCAGACCAUUCCACCGGGCUUAUUCUGGCGUUUCCAGAUUACUAUCCACCAUCCUAUAUAUCUGAAAUUCAAUAUUUCUUUAGCCAAGGACUCUCUACUGGGAAUUUAUGGCAGAAGAAACAUUCCAGCUACACACACUCAGUUUGAUUUUGUGAAGUUAAUGGAUGGCAAACAACUGGUAAAACAAGACUCCAAGAGCUCUGACGACAUCCAGCACUCCCCGAGGAAUCUGAUCUUAACAUCCCUUCAGGAGACAGGUUUCAUAGAGUAUAUGGACCAAGGACCUUGGUAUCUGGCAUUUUACAAUGAUGGAAAAAAGAUGGAACAAGUAUUUGUGCUAACUACAGCAAUUGAAAUAAUGGAUGACUGUUCAACCAACUGCAAUGGAAAUGGAGAGUGUAUCUCUGGACAUUGUCAUUGCUUCCCAGGAUUUCUUGGACCUGACUGUGCUAGAGAUUCGUGCCCAGUGCUGUGUGGAGGCAAUGGGGAGUAUGAGAAAGGCCACUGCGUCUGCAGGAAUGGCUGGAAAGGACCUGAGUGUGAUGUUCCAGAAGAACAAUGCAUUGACCCAACAUGCUUUGGCCACGGCACCUGCAUCAUGGGAGUCUGCAUCUGUGUUCCCGGAUACAAAGGAGAAAUAUGUGAAGAAGAGGACUGCUUAGACCCAAUGUGCUCCGCUCAUGGCAUCUGUGUUAAAGGAGAAUGUCACUGUUCUACUGGCUGGGGAGGAGUCAACUGUGAAACGCCACUUCCUAUCUGCCAAGAGCAGUGCUCGGGACAUGGAACUUUUCUUCUGGACACUGGAAUUUGCAGCUGUGAUCCCAAGUGGACAGGACCUGACUGUUCUACAGAACUCUGUACCAUGGAGUGUGGGAGCCAUGGAGUGUGCUCAAGGGGAAUAUGCCAAUGUGAAGAAGGCUGGGUAGGACCAACAUGUGAGGAACGUUCCUGUCAUUCUCACUGUGCUGAGCAUGGCCAAUGCAAAGAUGGAAAAUGUGAGUGCAGCCCUGGAUGGGAGGGCGACCACUGCACAAUUGCUCACUACUUAGAUGCUGUCCGAGAUGGCUGUCCAGGGCUCUGCUUUGGAAAUGGACGAUGUACCCUGGAUCAAAAUGGUUGGCACUGUGUGUGCCAGGUUGGUUGGAGUGGGACAGGCUGCAAUAUUGUCAUGGAAAUGCUUUGUGGAGACAACUUGGACAAUGAUGGAGAUGGUUUGACUGAUUGUGUGGACCCAGAUUGCUGUCAACAAAGCAACUGUUAUGUAAGCCCACUCUGUCAGGGCUCACCAGACCCUCUUGACCUCAUUCAACAAAGCCAGCCCCUCUUCUCUCAGCACACUUCAAGACUCUUCUAUGAUCGAAUCAAAUUUCUUAUUGGCAAGGACAGCACUCAUGUCAUCCCUCAAGAGGUCUCAUUUGACAGCAGGCGUGCCUGUGUAAUUCGAGGCCAAGUGGUAGCUGUGGAUGGAACCCCUCUUGUGAGAGUCAAUGUCAGUUUCUUGCAUCACAGUGAUUAUGGUUUUACCAUCAGUCGGCAAGAUGGAAGCUUUGACCUCGUAGCCAUUGGUGGUAUCUCUGUUGUCUUACUUUUUGACCGAUCGCCUUUCUUGUCUGAAAAGAGAACACUCUGGUUGCCUUGGAAUCAGUUUAUUGUGGUGGAGAAAGUAAUCAUGCAGAGAAUUACUGCAGACUCACCAUCCUGCGAUAUUUCCAACUUCAUCAGCCCAAACCCUAUUGUGCUUCCUUCGCCACUUACAUCAUUUGGAGGGUCCUGUCCAGAAAGGGGAACUAUUGUCCCUGAACUACAGGUUGUACAGGAGGAAAUCCCAAUUCCUUCUAGCUUUGUGAGGCUGAGUUACCUGAGCAGUCGAACACCUGGGUAUAAAACUUUGCUACGGAUCAUUUUGACACAUUCAACGAUUCCCGUGGGCAUGAUUAAAGUACACCUCACAGUAGCUGUGGAAGGGCGACUCACACAGAAGUGGUUUCCUGCUGCAAUUAAUCUUGUCUACACAUUUGCUUGGAAUAAGACAGACAUCUAUGGACAGAAGGUUUGGAGCCUGACAGAAGCUUUGGUGUCUGUGGGAUAUGAAUAUGAGAUGUGCCCUGACUUUAUUCUCUGGGAACAAAAGACAGUCGUUUUACAGGGCUUUGAGAUGGAUGCAUCGAACCUAGGAGGCUGGUCCUUGAAUAAGCAUCAUAUUUUUAAUCCUCAAAGUGGAAUCAUACAUAAAGGAAAUGGAGAAAAUAUGUUCAUUUCCCAGCAGCCCCCAGUCAUAUCAACCAUAAUGGGUAAUGGACACCAAAGGAGUGUAGCCUGCACUAACUGUAAUGGCCCAGCUCACAACAACAAACUCUUUGCUCCUGUUGCUUUAGCUUCUGGCCCUGAUGGUAGUGUGUAUGUUGGUGACUUCAAUUUUGUAAGGCGAAUAUUUCCUUCGGGAAAUUCCAUUAGCAUUUUGGAAUUAAGAAACAGAGAUACCAGACAUAGCACAAGCCCUGCACACAAGUACUAUCUGGCUAUGGAUCCUAUGUCUGAAUCACUCUACCUAUCAGACACAAAUACUCGAAAAGUCUACAAACUGAAAUCUCUUGUGGAAACAAAAGAUCUGACUAAGAAUUUUGAGGUGGUGGCCGGCACAGGUGAUCAGUGUCUUCCUUUUGACCAGAGUCACUGCGGAGAUGGUGGCAAAGCCUCAGAAGCAUCAUUGAACAGCCCUCGAGGCAUCACAGUUGAUAAGAAUGGAUUUAUUUACUUUGUGGACGGGACUAUGAUCCGAAGAAUUGAUGAGAAUGCUGUGAUCACAACUGUAAUUGGCUCAAACGGUCUGACUUCCACACAGCCAUUGAGCUGUGACUCAGGAAUGGACAUCACUCAGGUGCGAUUAGAGUGGCCAACCGACCUCACAGUCAAUCCCAUGGACAACUCAUUGUAUGUUCUGGAUAACAACAUCGUGCUGCAGAUUUCUGAGAACAGGCGUGUGCGGAAUAUCGCAGGGCGUCCCAUUCACUGCCAGGUGCCCGGCAUCGAUCAUUUCUUGGUCAGCAAAGUAGCAAUUCACUCCACUCUGGAGUCAGCCAGGGCCAUCAGCGUCUCCCACAGCGGGUUGCUCUUCAUCGCUGAAACAGACAAGAGGAAAGUGAACCGCAUUCAGCAAGUAACCACCAAUGGGGAGAUCUCCAUCAUAGCCGGCGCCCCCACUGACUGCGACUGCAAAAUUGAUCCCAACUGUGACUGUUUUUCAGGUGAUGGUGGGUACGCCAAAGACGCAAAGAUGAAAGCCCCUUCCUCCUUGGCAGUGUCACCUGAUGGUACCCUCUAUGUAGCAGACCUUGGCAAUGUUUGAAUUCGUACCAUCAGCAGGAACCAAGCCCACCUGAAUGAUAUGAACGUUUAUGAGAUUGCCUCGCCUGCUGACCAAGAACUCUAUCAGUUCACUGUCAAUGGAACCCACCUACAUACCGUGAACUUGAUAACAAGGGACUAUGUAUAUAACUUCACCUACAAUGCUGAUGGUGAUCUGGGUGCCAUCACUAGCAGCAAUGGCAAUUCAGUGCAUAUUCGCCGGGAUGCAGGUGGCAUACCUCUAUGGCUUGUGGUGCCUGGCGGGCAAGUCUACUGGCUUACCAUAAGCAGCAACGGAGUCCUGAAAAGAGUGUCAGCUCAAGGCUACAAUUUGGCCUUGAUGACCUACCCAGGAAACACAGGACUUCUAGCAACAAAAAGUAAUGAAAAUGGAUGGACCACUGUUUAUGAGGAUCCUACGGAUCAAACUCAGGCCAGCAGGCCUGUGCAGCAAGUGCGUCUACUCACUAAGACACCUUGCCAGGAGGCCCAUAAUAGAAACCUACUCUCCAUAGAUUUUGAUCAUAUGACCUGCACGGGAAAGAUCUAUGACGACCAUCGAAAAUUUACCCUUCGAAUUCUUUAUGACCAAGCUGGUAGACCUAUUCUGUGGUCUCCUGUAAGCAGAUAUAAUGAAGUGAACAUCACAUAUUCACCUUCGGGAUUGGUCACAUUUAUUCAAAGAGGAACCUGGAACGAAAAGAUGGAAUAUGAUCAGAGUGGAAAAAUAAUCUCAAGAACUUGGGCUGAUGGAAAAAUUUGGAGCUAUACCUACUUAGAAAAAUCUGUGAUGCUUCUCUUACACAGUCAGCGGCGUUACAUCUUUGAGUAUGACCAAUCAGAUUGCCUACUGUCGGUCACCAUGCCUAGUAUGGUGCGCCACAGCUUACAAACCAUGCUUUCAGUGGGCUACUACUGUAACAUCUACACUCCGCCAGACAGCAGCACUUCUUUGAUCCAAGACUACAGUCGAGAUGGCCGACUGCUACAGACUCUGCAUCUAGGGACUGGGCGCAGAGUUUUGUACAAGUACACAAAGCAAGCAAGACUGUCUGAGAUUCUCUAUGACACCACUCAGGUCACACUGACGUAUGAAGAGUCUUCUGGAGUGAUUAAGACAAUACACCUGAUGCAUGAUGGGUUUAUCUGCACAAUCAGAUACAGGCAAACAGGACCUCUUAUUGGACGUCAGAUUUUCCGAUUCAGUGAAGAAGGUCUUGUGAAUGCACGAUUUGACUACAGUUACAACAACUUCCGUGUCACCAGCAUGCAAGCUGUGAUCAAUGAGACCCCUUUGCCCAUAGAUCUAUACCGAUACGUUGAUGUUUCUGGUAGAACAGAACAGUUUGGAAAAUUCAGUGUAAUUAACUAUGAUCUAAAUCAGGUUAUAACUACUACAGUAAUGAAGCACACCAAGAUCUUCAAUGCCAAUGGACAAGUCAUUGAAGUCCAAUAUGAGAUCCUAAAGGCAAUUGCCUACUGGAUGACUAUUCAGUAUGAUACUAUGGGCCGGAUGUUCAUAUGUGACAUAAGGGUAGGAGUAGAUGCCAAUAUCACAAGGUACUUCUAUGAAUAUGAUGCUGACGGGCAACUUCAAACUGUUUCUGUGAAUGACAGAACCCAGUGGCGUUAUAGUUAUGAUCUGAAUGGAAACAUCAAUCUCUUGAGCCAUGGGAAUAGUGCUCGUCUUACACCUCUCCGAUACGACCUCCGAGACCGCAUUACUAGACUAGGAGAAAUUCAGUAUAAAAUGGAUGAAGAUGGUUUUCUGAGACAGAGAGGAAAUGAUAUAUUUGAGUAUAAUUCUAAUGGUCUGCUGCAGAAAGCCUACAAUAAGGUUUCGGGUUGGACUGUACAGUAUUACUAUGAUGGGCUUGGGCGACGUGUUGCCAGUAAGUCUAGCCUAGGAGAGCAUCUCCAAUUCUUUUAUGCAGACCUUGCCAACCCUAUAAGAGUCACUCAUCUGUACAACCACACAAGCUCAGAGAUUACAUCUCUUUAUUAUGAUCUCCAAGGUCACCUUAUUGCCAUGGAGUUAAGUAGUGGGGAAGAAUAUUAUGUAGCCUGUGAUAAUACAGGCACUCCACUAGCUGUGUUCAGCAGCCGGGGUCAGGUCAUAAAGGAGAUUCUGUAUACGCCUUAUGGUGACAUCUACCACGAUACUUACCCUGACUUUCAAGUCAUAAUCGGUUUUCAUGGAGGACUCUAUGAUUUUCUUACGAAAUUAGUGCAUCUAGGGCAAAGGGAUUAUGAUGUUGUUGCUGGCAGAUGGACCACACCUAAUCAUCACAUAUGGAAGCAGUUGAACCUUCAUCCCAAACCAUUCAACCUGUACUCCUUUGAGAAUAACUAUCCAGUUGGCAAAAUUCAAGAUGUCGCAAAGUAUACCACAGAUAUUGGCAGUUGGUUGGAGCUCUUUGGUUUCCAGUUACAUAAUGUACUACCUGGAUUUCCCAAACCAGAACUAGAAAACUUGGACUUAACUUACGAGCUUCUUCAGCUUCAGACAAAAACUCAAGAGUGGGACCCUGGAAAGGUGAUCCUGGGCAUUCAGUGUGAGCUCCAGAAACAGCUCAGGAAUUUCAUUUCCUUGGAUCAGCUUCCUAUGACUCCUCAGUACAAUGAGGGGCGGUGCCUUGAAGGAGGGAAAACACCAAGGUUUUCUGCCGUCCCUUCUGUCUUUGGCAAAGGUAUAAAAUUUGCCAUCAAAGAGGGCGUAGUGACGGCUGAUAUUAUAGGAGUAGCCAAUGAAGAUAGCAGAUGUCUUGCUGCCAUUCUCAACAAUGCCCAUUACCUGGAAAACCUGCAUUUUACCAUAGAAGGGAGGGACACUCACUAUUUCAUUAAGCUUGGGUCUCUGGAGGAGGAUCUUGUGCUCAUUGGUAACACUGGGGGGAGGCGGAUUCUGGAGAAUGGUGUCAAUGUCACUGUGUCUCAGAUGACUUCAGUGUUGAAUGGAAGGACUAGACGUUUUGCAGAUAUUCAACUGCAGCACGGAGCUCUGUGCUUCAAUAUCCGGUAUGGAACGACUGUUGAAGAGGAGAAGAACCACGUGUUGGAGAUGGCCAGACAGCGAGCGGUGGCCCAGGCCUGGCUUCAGGAGCAGAGGAGGCUACAGGAAGGGGAAGAAGGGAUUCGGGCAUGGACAGAGGGGGAAAAACAGCAGCUUUUGAGCACUGGGAGGGUGCAAGGGUAUGAUGGGUAUUUUGUCUUGUCUGUUGAGCAGUAUUUAGAACUUUCAGACAGUGCCAACAAUAUUCACUUUAUGAGACAGAGCGAAAUAGGCAGGAGGUAACAAAAGAAAUCUCUGCCUUUGCGUCACCAAAGACUGCCUGUUUUUAAAACAAAAAAAUAAUGGUUUAUUGUAUUGGUUUUCUAGAUCAGAACUCUGUAUGUGUAAAUAUGGAGGAAAAACAUAUCCAACUGCCUUUCAAUGUGACAGAAGAUGGUAUUUUAAUAUUGUUUGUUUAAACUCUUUAAGAAAUGACAGAGAUUUUUAGUUCUUGUGUGGCAGUAUUCAAAAGAACACAAGCUGAACUCAAACAGCUAACACAAAUGUUUUUAGAAGCACCACUUUCAAUUUGUUGAGCC